AUGUUAGGUCUCAACAAGACAACCUCUCAACUGCAAUUUCUGAUUAAUUGGCUUGUAACUUCAUUACUUCAAUUAAGAUUCCCGGGUUCAAAUGGAAAGGACAGCGUACCACUUGUUCAGAUCUAUGGCCCAAAAAUUAAAUACGAAAGAGGUGCAGCUGUUUCAUUCAAUUUGAGGGACAGAAACCAGGGUAUGAUUAGUCCAGAAAUUGUUCUGAGGAUGGCUGAGUCACACGGUAUAUCUCUUGGUGUUGGCAUCCUCAGUCACACCACCGCCAAUCUCCAUCAUCGCACCAUCACCACAGAGGCCAUCUCUCACGCCAGCCAAUUGCAAACAUCACCACGACUACUACCAACAUCACCACCACCACCGCGACCGCCAGCACCACCACCAACUACAAACAUCGCCACCAUUUCAAACCACAACCACCACAUCCACCAAAAAAUCUCCAAAUACGUUCUCCUCGUCGCCACUGCACGCAACGGUGCUGCAAGAGGAGCAGAUCGAUGA